AUGGCCCCAGGCAGGAAGAUGUUUUAUUUUGUCUUUGUUUUUUCCUUCAUUUUGGCUCAUCUUCCAUCAGGGUGCAAGGCAGGGCUUGAGUAUGUCCAGCAGUUUCCAGCAGGUGAGUUAGCUGUCUGUGACCCAUGCAGGCUCGGCCGGGGCAGAUGUAGAAAGAUAUGCCUGGAGACGGAGAGGAUUGCUGGAUAUUGCAAGGUCAACUUUUUAUGCUGUGAAAGAAGAAUCUAUUUUACUUGA